AUGGGAGAACCCGACGACCCCUCUAUACGCAGCUUCAAGUCUAAGGCAGCAUCUGCACUUGGCUUGGGACGCAAGAAAGACACUCAGACCGACGUCCUUCCGACCCACAACCCCCACACGACCGCCCAUCCUGGCCUAGGUGGCAGCAACCCGCCGCGUAGUGCGCCCAGCACCACCAACAGCGACCACAGCGGCCACCAUGAGAAGCCCGUCGCGCCAGACGACAAUUCCACAGAUAUCCAACAUGGCAGUGUUAAUACCGCGGCUGAUGGAGAGACGCCUUCCGCCAUAGGAUCCGAGAAGCGUCCGUUCUAUUCGCCUACCCGUGUCAAGAACGGAACCCUCCGAUUCAUCACCCACACCAAGAAUGCCCUUACCCACAGCUGGAUCAACGUCCUGCUCGUCUUCGUGCCUCUUGGUAUCGUAGUCAAGCUUGUAGACUUGAAGCCCGAGAUUGUCUUCUCUAUGAAUGCCAUCGCCAUCAUUCCACUGGCUGGCCUGCUCGCGCACGCGACCGAAGUCGUCGCUGCCCGUGUUGGAGAUGCGCUCGGUGCAUUGCUCAAUGUAUCCUUCGGAAACGCUGUCGAGUUGAUUCUCUUCAUCAUCUUGCUCGCCUCUGACCAAAUCGAGGUUGUGCAGGCGUCGCUGCUUGGAUCCAUUCUUGCUAACCUGCUUCUCAUCCUGGGUAUGGCCUUCCUACUUGGUGGUCUCAAAUACCAGGAGCAGGUUUACAACAACACUGUCACCCAGAUGAGUGGUGUCAUGCUGGCUCUUGCCGUAAUGAGUCUUCUUUUGCCCACGGCAUUCCACGCUGCUUUCGAAGACAACUCCAUUGCUGACCACGAGACGCUAUCCGUCAGUCGUGGUACCAGUGUUAUUCUGUUGCUGGUCUACGGUCUAUACCUUCUCUUCCAGCUCAAGAGUCAUCGUUAUCUUUAUGCUAGCACACCCCAACACAUCAUUGACGAAGAAUCGCACCCUGGUGUUCUUGCUGGCGCAUUCGACUCGUCCAGCUCAGACUCUUCAUCCAGCUCCAGUAGCAGCGAUAGCGAUAGUUCUUCAAACAACUCUGAUGGUACCAUGAAGAAGAAGGCCAAACGCAUGGUCAAGAGACUUCGCCGCAAAUCCAGCGCUAGCUCUAAAGACGAUGGUGCGCUUUCGGCCAUGAGCUCCCCCUCUGCCGAACUGAACCAAAGUCCCUUCGAGACGGAGAGGACUAGCAGCGUUGUCACCGCGAACAAUACUGGUCCCAUCACCUCUCGCCGGCAUUCCUUCGACGUCAUGAGUGGUGACGAAGCUGACAACGAUCAAUACGUCCCGGUGGUUCGCGACUUUGAAGCCGCCUCGCACACCUCACGAUCCUUGACGAAGAAGGAAAAACGUAAGAACAAGAAGAGCAAGAAGGACCGUCGUGAUCGUAACAAGAUCGACACCAUUCCUGAGAAGGAGGUCGAACCAAAUGAUCCCACGCCCAAGGUCACCUUCGCUGAAGAAGUACAACAUGACAGUGCUGCUCCAAUGAACGCACGCAAAUACAACCGCCCAGCUCUCCCUUCGCUACUUUCCAACAAUGUUUUCUCGAACCCUCAAAAUCUUGCUCCACUUGGCGGACCUGCGCCCAACAUCCGUAUGGCAGCACCUCGAGACAACGCGGCUUUACGUGCACCUCUUCGUCGAUCAAAGUCUCUUCCUGAACAAAUCGGUCGCGCCGACUCCACUGGUAGCGCAGUCAAACAUCCUGCCGUAUCUCCCCAGGCCGCCAUGGCACUCAACGAAGAUGACGAAGACGAAGAAGCACCUGACAUGUCUAUCAAAGCGGCUAUCUUCAUGCUUUUGAUCAGUACGGGUCUCGUUGCUGUUUGCGCCGACUUUAUGAGUGACGCUAUCGAGCCCAUGGUCGAGACCUCUGGUAUCAGCCAAGCAUUCAUUGGUCUCAUUAUCCUUCCUAUUGUGGGCAACGCCGCAGAGCACGUCACAGCUGUUACCGUCGCCAUGAAGAACAAGAUGGAUCUCUCUAUCGGUAUCGCUGUUGGUUCUUCUAUUCAGAUCGCCAUCUUUAUCACCCCUGUUAUUGUCAUCCUUGGCUGGAUUAUGGGAAAGGAGAUGACACUUUACUUCAACAUCUUCGAGACUGUCGCACUAUUCGUUACCGUAUUGGUAGUGAACUUUUUGGUGUUGGACGGUCGCAGUAACUACCUUGAGGGUAGUCUACUGAUUGCUGCCUAUAUUAUCAUCGCGCUGGCCAGUUUCUUCUACCCUGAUGGUUGCGACGCUAGUGCUAUCGGUGGUAAUGAGCAGCGCUGUAACAACGUUCAGGUUGCCCGAUUAGCACAGGGCAUGGUCAAGAGGAUGAUCGGCAUGUAA